CAUGACAAUUUUUGCUAUACAGUACUCUUCAUGACAACUGGUAUAAAAGCCGGGAUUGGAUCAUCCAACUUCACACUCAGUCCUCGACUUCCAGUGAAAUCCAAAAUGUACAAGCUCUUGAUCGUUGUAGCUCUCGCUGUGGCCUGUAUGGCCGAGCCUGAGGCCAAUGCCGAGGCUUAUCGUGGUGGUUACGGUAGCCCAUAUGGCGGACAUGGUGGAUACCGUAGUGGACAUGGUGGAUACCGUGGCGGAUAUGGCGGCGCUUACAGACGUGGUGGAUAUGGUUAUCGUCACAAGCGAUCUGCUGAGGCCGAGGCCGAGGCUGUUGCCGCCCCUGAAGCCGAGGCCGAGGCUGAUCCCGCUUACCUGUAUGGUGGUGCCUACAAUGUCGCUCCCUAUGCCACCACCUACG